AUGAACAGUCGAGGGCUUUCGUUGAUCAGCUCGCCCCGUGUCGUGAAGGAGAAGACCAUAGCGAAGACGCAGAACACGCGAGUUCCCAACUGCUCGAAUUUGCUUGAUCUGGGCGGGUCGCACUGCAAGCAAGUCGCAAGUUUAGUUUUACCCCGAUCACCGUCGUCGCGAGUAAGGAGUGUACGAGAAAGUACGAAGAGAAGUGUAAAGUGUUCUAAUCGACAGAGGAAGACCUGGACGAUUAAUAAGCCAAACGCCCCGAAUCGUUCCUGGUUCGCCGCGUGCUACGGCACGGUCAAAAGCGUGAUUAAGCCAAAACUAUCGUGCGGACGUCACCAUCGCACUGAACCAGCAAGUCGCCGUCGGCGACUUCGCCGCUGUUAGGGCAUAUCCAAGCAGUAAGUUCACUUAAAUAGUAGAAUUGAUUCGAAAUUAACAGUAGACACGAU